CAUCAUCAUCAUCUUCCUCACUCUGCUGCUUUCAGAGAUUGAGGGUUCGAGUGUCAAGUUGAAGAAAAUAAUGGAUGAGGAAGUUUUCCCUGCUUGGUCAUGGUCUGUGGAUCGAUGCUUGAAAGCGUAUAAUGUGAAGCUCGAAAAGGGUUUGUCUUCAUACGAUGUAGAAAAGCAACGAGAACUUUAUGGUUGGAACGAGCUCAAGAAAGAGAACAGAAAGCCCGUAUGGCAACUUUUCAUUCAACAAUUUGAUGAUAUGCUUGUAAAGAUCCUUAUCGUUGCAGCCUUCAUUUCAUUCGUUCUAGCACGCUUUGAAGCAAACGAAACUAAAGAAUCUGGAUUCGAAGCCUAUGUUGAACCUUCCGUGAUCAUUCUGAUCCUAAUCCUAAAUGCUCUCGUGGGCGUUUGGCAAGAAAGUAAUGCCGAAAAGGCCCUCAAAGCUCUAAAGGAGAUGCAGUGUGAAUCUUGUAAGACGAUAAGAGAUGGGUAUUUGGUUCCGGAUUUGCCUGCUCGAGAUCUUGUUCCUGGAGACAUUGUGGAGCUGCGAGUAGGUGAUAAAGUCCCGGCAGAUAUGAGAGUUGCGGUUUUGAAAACGUCAACUUUAAGAGUCGAGCAAAGUUCUUUGACGGGUGAAUCUGUUCCGGUUCUUAAAGCAACUCGGCCUGUGUUAAAUGAUGAUUGUGAUUUGCAGGCUAAAGAAAAUAUGGUUUUUGCAGGGACGACGAUUGUGAAUGGGAGUUGUGUAUGUAUCGUUGUAAACACUGGAAUGAGCUCGGAAAUCGGGCAAAUUCAGAAACAAAUACACGAAGCUUCCAUGGAAGAAUCCGAUACUCCAUUGAAGAAGAAACUCGAUGAAUUUGGAAAUAAUCUAACGAUUGUGAUUGGGUUUGUUUGUCUUGCUGUUUGGGUGAUCAACUACAAGUAUUUCUUGAAAUGGGAAAUGGCCGACGGAUGGCCUACGAACGUCCAAUUUUCGUUCGAAAAAUGCACGUAUUACUUCAAGAUAGCAGUUGCCCUUGCGGUGGCAGCCAUUCCUGAAGGCCUUCCAGCGGUGAUUACGACCUCUUUAGCUCUUGGCACAAGAAAAAUGGCUCAAAAGAACGCGAUCAUGAGGAAGCUUGCGAGUGUGGAGACUUUAGGAUGCACGACUGUAAUCUGUUCAGAUAAAACUGGAACGUUGACUACCAACCAGAUGUCGGUGAUGUCGAUUUUUACGUUUGGAGGGAAAACGACGGCUCCUAGGAUGUUUCCUGUGGAAGGAACAACGUACGAUCCUAAAGAUGGGUGCAUUGUUGAUUGGAAGUGUUUCAAUAUGGACGCUAAUUUGCAGUCCGUGGCUGAAAUAUGUGCGGUUUGUAAUGAUGCUGGGAUUUAUAGCGACGGUUGGGUUCUUAGAGUUACAGGUUUGCCUACCGAAGCUGCUUUGAAGGUGUUAGUAGAAAAGAUGGGGGUUCCGGAUGCGAAAGCGAAAAACAAGAUUCGUGAAUCGCGGAUUAUGGGAAAUUAUUUGAUUGAUAACAACAUCAUAAAAUUCGGGUGCUGCGAAUGGUGGACGAAGAGAUCAAAGAGGCUUGGCACAUUGGAAUUAGACCGCGUUCGUAAGUCCAUGAGCGUUAUUGUACGUGAGCCAUCGGGUCAGAAUCGGUUGCUUGUCAAGGGUGCGGUCGAGAGUUUAGUAGAGCGUAGUUCACAUGUUCAGCUAGCGGACGGGUCUGUUGUUCCGAUGGACGAGGCUUGUAGGAAGCUAUUGCUUUCAAGACAUGCGGAAAUGAGUUCAAAAGGGUUACGAUGUUUGGGUUUGGCUUACAAAGACGAUCUUGGUGAGCUAGCGGAUUAUGAUGGCGAACAUCAUCCUAGCCACAAGAAGUUGGUCGAUCCAACUUGCUAUGUUUCCAUUGAAACCGACCUCAUCUUUGUCGGGGUUGUUGGUCUACGGGAUCCUCCUCGCGAAGAAGUGCACUCUGCGAUUGAAGAUUGUCGUGGAGCCGGAAUAAAAGUGUUGGUGAUAACGGGAGAUUAUAAGUCGACUGCAGAGGCCAUCUGUCGGGAAAUUCGAUUAUUCCAUGAAGGCGAAGAUCUCGGAGGUAAAAGUUUCACCGGAAAAGAAUUCAUGGGACUCUCUCCUUCGAAACAAAGGGAUAUUUUGUCAAAACCCGGGGGGAAGGUGUUCUCUCGUGCAGAACCAAGGCACAAGCAAGAGAUCGUGCGGAUGCUUAAGGAUAUGGGUGAAGUUGUAGCCAUGACUGGAGAUGGUGUGAACGAUGCUCCGGCUUUGAAACUUGCCGAUAUCGGAAUUGCUAUGGGGAUUACCGGAACCGAGGUUGCUAAAGAGGCGUCAGAUAUGGUUCUAGCCGACGAUAACUUUAGUACCAUCGUUUCUGCUGUUGGCGAGGGUCGGUCAAUUUAUAACAACAUGAAAGCGUUUAUCAGAUACAUGAUAUCAUCGAAUGUCGGAGAGGUUAUAUCGAUUUUCUUAACGGCUGCAAUCGGGAUACCGGAAUGCAUGAUCCCCGUGCAGCUUCUAUGGGUUAAUUUGGUUACCGAUGGUCCGCCUGCUACCGCUCUUGGUUUCAAUCCAGCCGAUGUUGAUAUAAUGAAAAAACCACCUCGUAAAAGCACCGACACCCUCAUAGAUUCGUGGGUUUUGUUUCGUUACUUGGUUAUCGGUUCUUACGUGGGUAUCGCGACUGUCGGUGUUUUUGUUGUAUGGUACACACAACCAUCGUUCAUGGGUAUCGAUUUGACAGGAGAUGGGCAUACACUUGUUACAGUAUCUCAGCUCCGAAACUGGGGAGAUUGCUCUUCAUGGCCGGAUUUCUCAGCUACACCAUUUGCGGUUGGUGGCAACCGAGUGAUUAGUUUCUCAAACCCGUGUGAUUAUUUCACCACUGGAAAAGUCAAAGCGAUGACGUUAUCGCUAUCCGUAUUGGUGGCGAUUGAGAUGUUUAAUUCCCUAAAUGCCCUUUCGGAAGAUAACAGUUUGUUAACAAUGCCACCUUGGAAGAACCCUUUCCUUCUUGUUGCCAUGGCUGUUUCCUUUGGCCUUCACUGUCUCAUUCUUUAUGUUCCUCUCCUGGCACAGGUGUUUGAUGUCGUUCCGUUGGGUUUAAACGAAUGGGUUUUCGUCAUCUUGGUUUCGGCACCUGUCAUCCUUCUCGAUGAAUUGCUCAAAAUCGUCACAAGAAGUAGAAAACGGACGACAAAAAUAAAGUUAGCGUAAGUUAGAAAGCGGAAAGCACACAUACAGAUAUCAUGUGUUUUAGAAGACCUUUUUGCUACUUUCUUUGCUUUCUGUGUAUCCGAUGACAUGACGUUGGAUCCAGUGUGUAAAUCUUUGAAGAACAAUCGUAUGUAUCAAAUAGAAGAAAUCAUGUAUAUAUGUCGAUGAUCAUCCUUAAAU